GUAGCCUGACCCCUUGCCUUUAUAAAUUCCCGGAGCAUGCCCUGAGCGCCAGCUCCUGUGCCCUGGGCCAUGGCUUCACGCCCAUGCACCAGUCCCUCCUCACAGACGAUCCCGCUGCCACAGACUUCAAGCAGGAGUUCCGCAGAAAAAGCAAGUCUGCUGAGGAGCCUGUCGACAUGGACUCCCCUGAAAUCAGGGAACUGGAGAAAUUUGCUAACGAAUUUAAGCUGCGGAGAAUUAAGCUGGGUUAUACACAAACCAAUGUUGGGGAAGCACUGGCUGCUGUGCACGGCUCUGAAUUCAGCCAAACUACUAUUUGCCGGUUUGAAAACUUGCAGCUGAGUUUCAAGAAUGCAUGCAAACUGAAAUCGAUACUGUCCAAGUGGCUGCAGGAAGCAGAACAAGUAGGAGCUUUAUACAAUGAAAAAGUUGGAGUGAAUGAGCGGAAGAGGAAGCGCAGAACCACCAUUAGUAUCGCUGCCAAAGAAGCCCUAGAGAGGCACUUUGGAGAACAAAGUAAGCCUUCUUCUCAGGAAAUUAUGAGGAUGGCUGAGGGGCUCAAUCUUGAGAAAGAAGUUGUAAGAGUUUGGUUUUGCAACAGAAGACAAAGGGAAAAAAGAGUGAAGACAAGUUUACAUCAGAACGCCUUUAGUUCUAUUAUCAAGGAGCAUCAUGAAUGCCGGUAAAGCUUUUCCAUGUAUAGAUGUGGAUAUCUCUUGCUUUUUUUUAUUUAAAGUG